GCUCUUUCACUCAAUGGAAUCGCCGUCAGGCAAUCUAGACGCUUACUUGUAAUCCACUCUGUAGACGCCCCGCGCUGCUGCUUGUGCUUCUGCUAGCUGCUCUGUAUUUGGCUCUUGUAAUAUAGAGCCUGAUCUACGAAGCUCAACAAAUUACAGCAUUGCGCUGUUUUUUGUGAUCAAAAGACUCAGGCGACUCGCGGCAUUGCCCUCUAGAAGAACGUCGUAAGAGCAAGGAUUGAAGUAGGAAGGACUGCAAUGGCGCCAAAGGCUAAGAAGGAGGAAACGAAUCACUCUGAUGCAGUCAAAGUUCUUGAGGAGGGGCACCUGUUCUUCUUCUACCGGCCGAAAGUGGAGCAGGAGUCCCCAGAGAGCAUCGACGAUCUCCAGAGGUUGUAUCUUGUGAUGCGUCCGGUUGGGGGCUCAGAUGUCGGGCCACAAGGGGAGGAAGCUGUGCAGGAUGAGGGGGAUGAGAAGCAGCUGAAGCAGAGCAAGGAGGAACAUCUGAAAAAGGUUGAGGACGUAGCACAGCAGACAGGUUCACGGGGCGGAGCCAAGCAAGAAAAGGGCGCCACUGCAAAGAAAGACGGCCCUAAGGGUCACACCAACGAAGAGCAAGCCAAAGGGGGGGACGAAAAAUCUGCCAAAAAGCCAAAGACCGAGGAACAAGGCGAGGGGGAUGAAGCGGAAGGUGGGAAAGUGGGGGGAAAGCCACUCCACAAGAAGGAUCUGAAGCUGAGGCUGCGGUAUGUGGUGGUUGCAAAGAAGGCGCUGCCGAAAGUGACGGGGAAGAAGAGCCGACCAUUCUGGGCGUUUGUGGAGACCGUAACGGACGAUCCUGAGGUGAUUCGACAGAAGCUCAAAGGAAGUACGUACGAAACAAAGACCCGAGGGACGCGGCACCAGCCCGCGGCGCGGCCUUGCGGAGAGGGUGUGUACAAGAUCACGACGCACCAUGAGCGCGAGCACACGCACCUGGCGUACAAGCUGGAGCUGCCAAGCACGCCGGGCGAAGUGCAGGAAGAGCUCAACAUUCUGCCGGAGGCGAGCUUCAUCGUCCAGGUGAAGAACCCCGACACCCCCUCCCCGCCGAACGUCGGCCUGGGCAACCGCCUGCACCCGGACUUCCCCGAUAACCUCAAGCGGGUCUUCCACGGCCGGCGAUUCGUCCCGGUGGACCCGCCUGACUUUCUAGAUUACCCCGGCUGCGAAUUCAUCCUCAUUUCGGCAACCGACGACGUCGAACACGAGCUCGGGAUCGAGAUACCAAAAGAGCACGAGGGCCUCGAAAGCAGUGACCUGGUGCGGACGCUAAAACUGGACGAGGAACUAGAGAAGGUGCGGAAGCCGCUGCUUGAGGGGGAAUGGGCCUAGGCUUGCGACACGUGGCAGAUCGAGAGAGCCGAUCGAGGUGGAGUGGGCGCACGAUUGGGCGUAAGUGGCAUGGAAGGAGGUUGUUGAUUGUUAAAGGUGGGGAGCUUGAAGCAUCGAACGGUCGUCAGCGGACAGAUGGUGAGUCCACACCAGGUCGAUCAGUCGAUGAGAAACAAUUAGGUGGUCCAAUGUUGAGGUCGUACUUAACACGCGGCCCGGCCGAGGUUGCCUGGGGCGAGCUUUCGAGGAUCAAGGGUCGCAACUAAAUGUACUGCGUGUUACUUGACUCACAGCAGGCAUGCCAAUGUAUGAAAAUCAGCCCCAUUGUGAUUCGCUUUGGGGGCCUGUAAUCAACAAGCGGUGGAUUUUGGGGUUUGGAUCAGAUGAGUCUCUCUUGACUUUGAGCGGCAAGGGUAAGAGCAGAGAUCAACCUAGCAGCAGAUCAAGGCACAUAGACAAUCCGCACUGUUCGGCUUUCGAAUUGUUCGAGCAAGGAAUUGCCGUCACUCGUUUUGGACAGAGCAGCAGACUGCGGAUAUCCUUGCACGUUUGAAAUUCUUCUGGCGG